AUGCCCGAAAUAGACCCCGAACUUAUGACACAUAAGUUAGCAGUUCACCCGGCAUCUCGACCUGUCCAACAAAGAAGACAGAAGCUCGGCCUAGAACGAGCUCAAGUGGUCGAAGAGCAAGUACAAGCCUUGCUAGAAGCCAGGUUCAUCAGGGAAGUCAAGUAUCCGGCAUGGCUGGAAAAUGUGAUUUUGGUCAAAAAGCAGAAUGGAAAUUGGAGGAUGUGCGUCGAUUAUACCGACCUCAACAAAGCAUGUCCAAAAGACCCAUAUCCCCUACCCAACAUUGACACCUUAGUAGAUUCCAGCUCGGGGUACCAGUAUCUAUCAUUUAUAGAUGCUUACUCGGGAUAUAAUCAAAUCCCAAUUAACAAAUCGGGCCAGGAGAAGACGUCUUUCAUCACACCUAGAGCAAACUACUGCUACAUGGUUAUGCCAUUCGGAUUAAAAAAUGCAGGGGCCACAUAUCAAAGGUCAAUGAACAAGGUGUUCACACCUCAUCUUGGAAGCCUAAUGGAAGUAUACGUAGAUGACAUGGUAGUAAAGACCAAGGAUGGAGUCAGUCUCCUGACUGACCUCUCACAAGUUUUCGAUACCAUAAGGAAGCAUGGGAUGAGACUAAUUCCUACCAAGUGCACAUUUGCAGUAGAAGUUGGAAAAUUUCUGGGAUUUAUACUUACACAAAGGGGAAUUGAAGCUAACCUCGACAAGUACAGAGCAAUCGUAGAAAUGAAUAAGCUAUCCAAGUUCGAUUUGAAAUAUGAAACUCGAACAGCAAUCAAAGCCCAAUGUCUCACUGACUUUGUCGCAGAAUAUACAGGCGACCAGAUUGAAACCUCCACAACCUGGGAGCUCUACGUAGGUGGAUCCUCCAACAAGGUCGGAAGUGGAGCUGGCAUAAUAUUGGUCAAUGAAGAAGGUACUCAAAUAGAGGUGUCUUUAAAAUUUGAUUUCUCUACUUCUAAUAACCAGGCCGAAUAUGAAGCCCUGAUUGCAGGACUAAAACUUGCUAAAGAAAUCGGUGCGACCAAGGAAACCGAGGUCAAGCACAAAGCUCGGAAACUCAACAGCAGAGCCGAUGCUCUCUCCAAGUUAGCAAGUACCAAGCCUAGGAGAAACAACAGGAGUCUCAUACAAGAAAUUCUCCAGGAUCCCUCCGUCAUAAAGAUGAACAGUAAGUCAGACGUUCUACUCGUCUCGGGACUAAACCUCGGAUGGAUGAUUCCCAUAGUCGAAUACUUGAAAUUUGACAUCCUUCCCGAGGAACAAAAGGAAGCUUACAAAUGUAGGAAGGAAGCGCAGAACUACACUUUGGUGCGAAAUGUCCUUUAUAAAAGAGGGAUAUCUAUAGCAUUGCUAAAAUGCGUUCCGACCUCUAAGACAGAGGACGUCCUGGAUGAAGUACACAAUGGUAUUUGUGGAAAUCACCUCAGAGCAAGAUCUUUAGCUAGGAAGGUGAUCCGAGCUGGGUUCUUCUGGCCGACUUUGCAAAAGAACGCUACCAACUCUGUUAAAAAGUGCCAACAUUGUCAGAUGCACGCAAACUUCCACGUUGCUCCCCCUGAAGAGCUUAUCAGUGUGACUUCUCCCCGGCCCUUUGCGAAAUGGGGAUUAUACCUACUCAGACCUUUUUUCCAAGCUCCAGGAUAG